CAUGCGCCCCCCUAGGCGACCGCGCGCCCAGCUCUAAAGUGAACACCCAGGAUCGGCGGCGGCGGGACGGUGCGGCGCCUCCGCCCGCUCGCCGCCUCGGUGCCGCGGACGGGUCCAGCCAUGGCCGAGGGCGUGCCGGCCUCGCAUCGGGUGGCGCGGGCGGCCGGUGCCUGCACGGCGGCAUCAUCCAGUGGUUGGUUGACACCUUCUGCAUCUGCGAAGGGUACAGUGCGCCUUGCUGCCUCAUGUAUGAGAUUUAUGUGGAUACCUGUGGGCAAAAUGCUCAGAACCAAGUCAACCCCGCCAUGUUUGGGAAGGGUGACAGUCAUUCGCCGAAUAAGACAGACCCAGUUGGAUCGCCUUUGUCUGAAUUCAGGAGAAGUCCAUUCUGGGAGCAGGAACUGGCAAAGAAGUAUUCCUACAAAAUAAUGGCCUUUCUUGCUGAUGAAUACUGCAGCUAUUGUCAAGACAUUUUACAGAACGUGGAGGACUCACUCACGUCCUUCUGGAAAUCUCUGCAGCAGGGCACAGUCAUGCUCAUGUCAUUGCCUGACAUGUGCCAGCUUCUUAAGUGCUGCGACGGACAGCUGUACAAGGGAAUUGAGGACAUUCUCCUUCAUGACUUUUUGGAAGAUGUUUCUAUGCAGCAUCUGAAAUCUGUCCAGUUGUUUAGUAAGAAGUUUAAGCUGUGGUUCCUCACUGCUUUGGAAGGUUUUCCAGCCCUCUUACAGAUCUCCAAGCUCAGAGAAGGCUGUUCGUCCGCUCCAGCCUGCGACGGCUUCCUCUUGGGAGCCCAAGCUGUUCUGCUGGCUGUCCCGGGCCUCCCUGCUUCUGACCCCUUGACCAUGAGAAUGGUGCUGAAAAACAGCAGGAGAGUCAGCAUCCUGAAGUUGGAUCUACACGCCAUCAUGCAUCAGGGUGCUUUGGAUAUUUCCGAGAAAGCCCUGACGAGUAACCCGAGCGGCACUGACGACCUGGAGGAGAACACAGAGGUGAAAUGUUUGAGCAGUUUAACUUCUUUGCUGGGGACGUCAGCAGACCUCAGUGUAUUCCUGAAUUGUCUGUCUUCAAACCUCCAGACAUUUGUCUUCCAGCCAAGCAGAAGCAAAGAGGAGUUUAUCAGAUUGGCCGCCAGCUUCCAGCUGAGAUGGAAUUUCCUCCUCACGGCCCUGAGCAAAGCUGUGACCCUCUGGCACAGAGACAGCUUCGAAGCCUUGCCAUCCAGCGGGAAAGAAGCGCCUCCCCGGGCCCGGCGCGCAGAGAGGACUGCGCACCGGCUCUGCCGUGCGUGCUGA